AUGCAGACACCGAGUAUUAUUGAAGAACAUCAACCACAGACAAAACGUCAGCGAAGUUUAUGGGCCACUGCUGAACCUCGUUUACCGCCAUUUGAAUCGAAAUUAACUCGUCCACCAUUACCAGAUAUUAUCAAUGAAGAUUCAUCUGAUAAAAUGAUUCGUUCGGCAAGUUCACAAGAUGAUGAAUCAGUUUUUCUCGAUGAAGAUGAUGAUCCAACAACAGCUAAUACAGAUAGUUCAAAUGGAAAAACAAAUUCAUUUUUUACUGAAAAUUAUGAUCAUGAACAUUCAACAAUAAAUACAGUACUUGAUGAAGAAAUUUCAACACGUCAAGUUCAACGACGAAAGAGUGUUUCGUCUCGUUUUCGUUCUGUAUCAAAAGAAAUAACAACCACUGAUACGUUAUCAACCUCAGUGAAUACAACUCAAGAAGAUGUUUCUAUAUCUAUGCGAACAAAUAAAAACGGACGAUCCCAAACAAUGAAUACUAUUGAACCAAAAAUAGCACCACCAAAAUCAUCAACAACACGAAAGACUCGUGGUAAUCGAGCUCAAUCGGAAGAUCGUUUUCGUUCAUCAACUCUUUCUCUUAACAAUGCUACUGGUGAUACAACAUCAUCAUCAUCGUCACAUUCAUAUUUACCAUCUUACGCAGCACAUACAUCAAGUUCAAUGAGUAAACUUCGAGAAGGUAUAACAUCAUCAAUACCACCAUCAGUGCCUAUGUUUGUACCGUCAUCGUCUACUACAUCACUAGUGAUGAAUUCUCAAACGCGCCGUAUGCCAUCUGUUGCUUCAUUAGAUACUCGUUCGAUAUCAUCAAGUAAAAAUAUGACGAAAUCUCGUUCAACUCAAAAUCUUAUUCUUCCUUCUACAACAAUGCAACAAACAAAAACUACAACGUUUCGUCGAGUAAAAAUCUCUCGUGUUACGCGACGUCCACCUAAUUUACCGACAGCAUCUACUAUACAAUCGUCAUCAUCAUCUUCAUCAUCAGCAUCAUCAAAUACUUCAUCACCAACAAAAACUAAUCAAACCAAAGAAAAUCAUGAGAUAAAACAAUAUAUUCAUCCUACAUCAUCAUCUUCAUUGCAAGAAUCUGUUCUACCAUUACGUGAAUUAGAUAAUACAACAAAUGAUCUUAUGCCAAAAUGGGCACAAGAUUGUUUUUAUCGAACAGUUGUACUUGGUUUAAAGCCAUUACUUUUACAAGAUAUACCAUCAUCACCAAAUAAACCAACAAAACGUUCAUCAAGUACAUGUUCAAUUGAAAGUUCAGAUUCAUUAGAAACAACAAGUGACUUACAAGCAUGUACAUUAAAUGAUAAUAAUAAUAAUAAUAAUAAUAAUAAUCAAAAAGACAUGAAAGUACGACGAAGUAUAUCAAUACCAGAUUAUAGACAAAUAAAACAAACACAUAAAAUUCCAUCACCAUGCUUAUCCGAAACAACAAUCAAUGAUACUAAACAAGAUGAUUCAAUUAUGAAUGAUCAUCGUAUGCCAGUUAUCAAUCAUCUUGUUGACGAUCUUCAUAAACAUCUUAAUAAAUUAGAAAAUCUCUAUUCAUCAGUUACGCACAGUUCAGAUACACGAGAUAUGAUGUUAAAGCAAUAUAUUGAACAGAUAUAUACUGAUCUUCAUGUACGUAUUACAAAUAAUCAUCAUCAACAGCAGCAAGAAGAACAAGAUGAAGAAUGUUCAACAAAUACAACUGUUGUUGUUGUGACUGAUUGA